ACAGCGCUAUUCUACAGUGCUUUACAAGAAAGACCAACAGGGAAACAAUGGCAAGAAACCAAAACUCCACUUCUGUGCAACUAAUAAUUAUUGUUGUUGACACUAUAUAAGGUUUCUAGCUUUGCACGCUAUGAGUUUAGGUUAAAUCAACAUAGCUGGGGAUUUACUAUAUGAUUUUUCUCAUCAAGAACUUCCUUGACCUCCUAUUCUGACAGUAACUCGGGUUGGGAGAACCGGUCGGACGGCUGUGAGAUGGUAAUGUAGUGAGUUACACCACAGCUGUUUUCAUUAUUCUAGACACAGCAGAUACACAAGGUAAACAUGUGGAGCUCUGUGUGCUCUUAUGGCUGCUGCUGCCCGUGUUGCCCUCAGAAGGAGGAAAGUGUGAAGUUACCCAUCACACGUAAUUUUAACCAUACCUCAAUAUACGACUAUAGCUCUCGCACAAACUUGGAUUUAGAUCUGAAGAAAGGAGAUAUUCUGGAGAUUAUUGAAGAAGAUGAGCAUUGGGUGUUUGUGAAGAAACAUGCAACAAUAUCUAGAGGCUUUAUUGAGGAAAAAGGCUAUGUGCCUAGAGACUUUCUUAAACCUUCGAAUAGCUUGGAGGCCAAACCAUGGUAUUUUGAGAAUGUUAAAAAGCGUAUCGAGGCGAAGAGAUGUCUGAUGAGACUAGAGAACGAUGAAGGUGCCUUCCUCGUGUGGAAGUCAGAAGAAAACAAUCAGUAUUAUCUGUCAGUGAAGAACAGCCCUCAUGCUCGACAUUACAGGAUUAAGCAGAGAGAAUCUAACCAGAGGUUUUUCCUUGUUCAUCAUAAACCCUUCAAGACCCUGCAUGAGUUAGUCACAUUUUACACUGAAGCCCAGAACGGACUCUGUGUGAAACUCAGCAAUCCCUGUGUAAAGCUGGAUCUGCCGGCUCCUCCCACACUUUCCUAUCAAUUAGAUCGAGAGAUAGACAGAAGUUCAUUAACCAAAAUAAAGAAACUUGGCAGUGGAGAGUUUGCAGAGGUGUGGCAUGGGAAGUGGAACGGGACAACAGACGUGGCCAUUAAAGAAUUUAAAGAUGUCAGUCCAAAUAUCAGCACAGAGAUUGAAAUCAUGAUGAAUCUGCGUCACGAGCGUUUGCUGCAGCUGUACGCCGUCUGUACGACCGGUGAACCUUUCUGUAUCAUCACAGAGCUCAUGAAAAAUGGCAGUUUAAAGAAAUUUCUCAUCGAACACAAAGAGAAACAAGAUGUGGAGUUUUCACUCAUGAUGGACUUUGCAAUCCAGAUUACAGAAGGAAUGAUUUACCUGGAGAAUAAAAUAGUUCACCGAGAUCUAAGGGCUGAAAAUAUUCUCCUGACCGACAUGCAGUCCUGUAAAAUAGCUGAUUUUGGACUUGCAGAAUUUACUCUCUCUGGAGCCCAAACAAUAGCAUCUGGUGUUCGGGUCCCUGUAAAAUGGAUGGCCCCUGAGAUAUUUGAGAACAAACCCUACACAAGCAAAAGUGACGUCUGGUCUUUCGGGAUCCUCUUAACUGAAAUCGUCACAUAUGGAGAUGACCCAUAUCCUGGCCAAGACAAACAGACGUACAUACGAGGCAUUAAAAAAGGACAUAGGAUGGCGCGUCCGGCGGGCUGCCCAGAAGCACUUUAUGAAAUUAUGCAGCUGUGCUGGAGAUCAAAUCCUGCCGAGAGACCCACGUUUACACAACUACGGGAGAAAUUGUUAGCUCUUGUUCACGAACCUGAAUUUGAAUGAACAAUUUACAAAUAUCAGACACUUUAGCUUAUAUGUAACCAAUGUGUAUCUAUUUACAGUACUUACAUAACAUGUAGCAUGGUAAACACACAUAUCUAGUGAAAUAACAUUUAUAAAAUAACAAAUCACUCACAACUUUCAAUUGCAUAAACAUAUUUAUAGUUAUAAGUUAUAAGGGUAUUUCCCCAAAAACAAAAACUUUGUCAUUAUUUACUUUCCUCAUUCUCAUCCUGUUUGAUCCCCCAGUGUUUUUCUUUGUUCAUUAAAAGCCAGGCACAUAUUUUAUUAUUUCUAUUAUUAUUAUUUAAGUGUUUUUGGUUACUAUGGGAGUGGAUGGUGACCACCUCUUCAUGUUUCAAGAGGACCCAAACUCCACUCAAAU